UUUACAACUGGAAACAUUUUAUGGCAAAGUAUUCAGCAACCUACAGAUACAUUACUGCCUAGUAUGAAGCUUUCAAUCAACAAAAGAACAAGUAAGAGUGUAAAUCUCGAAGCAUGGAAAAGCCCUUCUGACCCAUCUGUUGGCAACUUCUAUAGUAGUAUUUUUGAACGCCCCCCAAAUAUAAUUGAAGUGUUCAUUUGGAAUGGAAGUCGACCAUAUUGGCGAAGUGGACCGUGGAAUGGCGAGGUCUUCACUGGAAUACAGUCAAUGAUAGAUUCAUAUUUUUUUGGUUUUCGAGGAGGAGAUGAUGGAGAAGGGAAUAUUUACAUAUAUUAUGCAGUACAAAAUGAUGAUGAAUUUUUUAUCUAUAACCUAAAUUCAAAAGGAGAAUUAGAAGAAACGGGGUGGGAUGAUGAGAAGAAAGAAGUGCAAGUUCUAUGGACAAGUCGGGAAUCAAAGUGUGAUGUUUACGACUUAUGUGGGGCAUUUGCAAGUUGUAAUUCAUUGAGCUCACCAACAUGUAGCUGUUUGAGAGGGUUUGAACCCAGAAACAUAGAACAAUGGAAUAUACAUAACUGGACCGGUGGGUGUGUUCGAAGGACACCUUUGCAGUGUGAAAGGGUCAACAAUAAAACCACAAGUACAAAGGAAGAUGGGUUUUUGAAACUACAAAUGAUUAAAGUUCCAGAUUUUGCUGAAGGUUUGACUGUUACAUCAGACAUAUGCAGAAGCCUAUGCUUGGAGAAUUGCUCUUGCCUUGCAUAUUCUCAUGAUGAUGGGAUUGGUUGUAUGUCUUGGACCGGCAAUCUACGUGACAUACAACAAUUUCAAAGAGGAGGACUUGAUCUAUAUGUUCGCGUAGCCAAUGGAGAACUUGAUAGAGGGAGAAACAAGACGAUCAUCAUUAUAGGUACAACAAUAAUUGGAACCCUCAUGAUUGUCAUCUGUGCAUAUAUCUUCUGGAGAAGGACAUCAAACCACCCAGAUAUUAUACAAUCAUCAUGUAUUCAACUUUACAACAAAGCUUCCAAUAAAGGUGGAUCACCAGAAGAUUAUGCUAGCGACAACGUAAUUGGAGAAAUGUCGCAAAUCAAACUACAAGAGCUAUUAAAAUUUGAUUUUGAAAAACUUGCAACUGCCACAAACAACUUCCACUUUUCCAACAAACUUGGACAAGGUGGUUUUGGUCCCGUAUACAAGGGGAAACUGCAAGAUGGUCGGGAAAUAGCAGUUAAAAGACUUUCAAGAGCAUCUGGUCAAGGGCUGCAGGAGUUCAUGAAUGAAGUAGUGGUUAUUUGUAAGCUUCAACACCGCAAUCUUGUAAGACUUGUUGGUUGCUGUAUUGAAGGCGAUGAAAAGAUGUUGAUGUAUGAGUACAUGCUAAACAGAAGUUUGGAUGCAUUCAUCUUUGAUCCAUCAAAAAAUAAACUCCUAGAUUGGAGGACACGGUACAACAUAAUAGAAGGAAUAGCUCGUGGAUUGCUAUAUCUCCACAGAGAUUCCAGACUAAGAAUUAUUCAUAGAGAUUUGAAGGCAAGUAAUGUCUUGUUAGAUGAGGAGUUGAAUCCAAAAAUAUCAGAAUUUGGUAUGGCUAGAAUCUUUGGAGGAGGUGAAGAUCAGGCCAAUACUAGCAGGAUUGUUGGAACUUAUGGCUAUAUGUCUCCCGAGUAUGCAAUGCAAGGACUAUUUUCAGAGAAAUCAGAUGUGUUUAGCUUUGGUGUUUUGAUAUUAGAGAUUGUUACCGGGAGAAGGAACUCAAGUUUUUACGAAAAUGAACAUGCUCUGAGCCUUUUGGGAUAUGUAUGGAUACAAUGGAGGGAAGACAACAUUUUAUCUCUAAUAGAUCAAGGAAUAUAUGAUCCUAGUCAUCAUAAUUAUAUUUCAAGGUGCAUACAUAUAGGACUAUUGUGUGCACAAGAACUUGCCAAAGAUAGGCCCGCUAUGGCUGCAGUAAUUUCUAUGCUUAACAGUGAAACUGCAUCACUUCCUCCUCCCAGUAAACCUGCAUUCAUCCUGAGGGAGAGUAUGUUAAAUUCAAAGUUUCCUGAAGAAUGUCAAAAUGGUUGUUCCAUCAAUAAUGUCAGUAUCACAGACGUCUGUGGAAGAUAGAACACAAUGUUUGAGAGGUCAAUGGAUAUGUGUCCAAUGCUAUAAAUUUUGUUAAUUGAUAUGGCCUGUAGAAAAAGUACUAAAUUAUUUUUUGGACUGGAUUUGUCCGAAAGUAUACUUUCGGCCAGCUCAUUUAAAACCCUCUCUUGAUGUGUA